GCGGGGCCAGAGCGGCUUGAGCCUCCAGUGUGAGCCAGAGCGGCGCUCGGUUUCUCGUCAGCUCGUCAUCGUGCGUCAGCCGCCGGGAACCAUCCACCAUCCGGUCUCCGACCUCCAGCAUCUAAGGACGCCCGGUGCCGAGCCUCAUCUGCGGCCAUCUGGAGCAUCCCUUCAUCCUAAAUAGAAGUAGGACACCCUACACCACAGAAGAUGGAGGACUGGAGCAAGUGUUAGAUGCCGAGGGGGCUUAUUGGACUAAGAUAUACAUGCUUUAUAUAGCGAUACAAAUGGUAUAUUUCUCUGCUUAAUUGGCGUUGGUCACAAACGAGCGCAUUCUUCCAUGAUUGAGACUUGACGAAUAGACACUGGAUUCAAGCUUGGAGAUUCUGAUCCUUGACGUGUUCAUGAAGAAAGGAGUCCUGCAUGGGAGCAGAUGCAAUUUUGGCACCCAGUAAACAAAACCAACACAAACAAUCACCUGGAACCUCCUCUUCUUCCCUAAAAUGCCAUUUGAAGCUGAAGGAGUGAUGCCAGAAAACAGCCCAAAUGGAUCAAACCAUCAAAUGUCCUUAUGGGUGACCAAAAAGGAUGAAGAACUUUCUAACGGAAUAACUAGGACACUACCUUGGACAAAUCCAAUCAAAGUCAGAAAACACUUUUGAUGAUCUCAAGCCACGAAGUCAGUAAAUGCACCAUGAGUUGACAUUCAGUGGCACCAGGCAAGGCCUGGAUGCAGGUGACGUGUUUGCUGUCGAGACACGCUCUUCUGUGAACACAACAUUGUUUUUUGACAUUAAAUCAUUUCAUCACUGAAUUGCUUGUUUUUUAUAUCCAUUUUGUUCAAUGUAUUUCUUAGCAAUAUCUGACUUUAGGCGAUGCAAAGUGCCAAGAUAUCAAAACACAUUUAGCAACUGAAGCGUACAUACAGUACUAAUUUGUAUUUGUUGACCACAGUUGUUAUAGCACAUCAUGCAGCUGGUGUGUUGAAAGCGUUCAUCCUAUUAAAUAGCCUGCAGCAGUAUUGGUCUUUGCUACACAUGGACAUUAUUGAUUGAUGUUAAGCUAAUGUUCAGGUCACUUUCACUGGACUUUCAUAUUCACUGUGUUCAAGCUUUCCAAACCAUGCUAAAUAAGCCAUAAAGGAUUUGUUCCUCUUUUUUACUACAUACAGUAUAGAACAGUGGAACCCGCUUAUAACUACAACCCUUCUAUGUCCCGGUCAACUGUAUUCUUGUUAGUAACAAGUGCUUGCUUAAGUCAGUGUCGCCAUACAUACAGUACAUGGUCAACCACAUUUGUUGGCAUUAAAUGUGACAGAAAUACAGAUUGUUAUACGUCAACAUGUGCUGUAGCAUUAUCUUCAUUAUUGCUAAGCAGAAUGAAAUGACAACAGACACAUAACUUUCGAGGAAAACAGUAUUAAAACGUGCACAAUUAAUUUCCUCUUGAGUAAAAAGUAAGCUUCAAAAUAAAAAUAUGGCAGUAUUAACCUGCCUUCUAUGCUUGUUAGCCACUGGAAGAAAGAUUUGAGCAGGUACCAUUGAUUUAUUGUCAUUUUAGUCACACACACAGUUUCCACAGCAGCUGUUAAAUAGGAGUAUAAAAUACCAUAUGAAUCAAAACAAAAAAUAGGCACAAAUCUCAACAAGAUGCCAUAGGUUAAAUUUUUUUUAUUUAUCAUUCAUUCUUCAUAUGUCUCUGACCAAAGUCAUAAGUAAAGCAAUGGUUAGUUUCGGUUUCAGUCGACAAUUGCUUAUGUCGACAUCAGUGCGUCGAGUAAGCGGGUUCCACUGUAAGCGUCCUUGUAGAAACUGCUCACAAGGACCAACCAAGGAAAGGGCGGCCAUCUUUUAAUACCACUAAAUCAAGAGGCACAAUUUUCCCUGACCUCUGUCUGAAUAAUGUCUCGCUACAAGGUGCCGUUUAUCACUAUCCAUGAAGGUCACUGCAGUCAUCUUUGCACUCUUUGAUUUGUGUUUUCAUGGCAAAAAUCACAGAGAUCUACCAACUAAUCAUUCUGUGGUACCUUUGUGUCAAUGGUUUGUUUCAUGUAUAGGAUCGCGUGUGGGGGAAAAAAUGACAUGGAGCCUUCUGUGGCGCUAUGCUUAUGUGUUAGCGUCAGCGUGGAGCCUUCGGGCGUCAAGCCACAGGAGCCGAUUCCAGGAUGUCCCUCCCUCUCCGGAGACAUGAUUCAUUUUGGUGUCCAUGUUCUCAGCACCUUACCGACAGGAUAAUCUACUCAAGACAUGUUGUUUCAUGAUGAAGAUCGAUACCAGCCUAAUCACAGCCCAGCUGCCUGAGGCCCUGUCCCAGGCAGGCCUUCAGUUUACCGUGGCCACUGAGGAGGACUUUGACGACAUCAUGGCUAUGAGCCAGGAUAUCUACGGAGGCCUCGACUAUCUGCCCACGAGAUACACCAGCUGGCUGCAGGAAAGCAACCGCACAGUCAUACUGGCACGCAAACAAGGGAAAGUGAUCGCUCUGGAGUCGGUGUGUGUGAUUGACAAUGGGCAAACCAUGCUGGUCGAGGGUCUUCGCGUGGCCCCCCAAGAGCGGGGAAAAGGCGUGGCCGGAGUCCUGCUACGCUUUUGCUCUGAGCUCGUCAAAUCGAAAUAUCCAGAGGUCAAAGUGAGCCGCCUGACACGUGAUGACCAACUCAGACCCAAGGACUUCCAGAAGUAUCGCAUCAUAACCAAACAGGGCAUCCUGCUGAUGCGUUUCCGAGCCGAAGACCUCAAGCUUCGUUUGUCUGAUCUUGGUGGACAGAUGCAGGCACCGCUGUCCUCCUUCUUCUCAAACGGUCCUCCCAUACGCCUGGACAACAACGCCAUUUAUCAGCUGUAUUUGACCACUGACCUGAUGCAGGGGGUCCUCCCGAACGCUACCAUCAUCCAAGACUGGCAGCCAUUCAAACUUCUGCCCACUAACAUGGCCAUCCUGAUGAAGAAGGACAUUGACUGGAUGGUGGACGACGCCUCCAACCCUACCGUGGGCAGCCUGUGCACUUUCCCUUUCAGGGUCCCCAUUGGAGAUGAUUGGUAUUAUCUCAACAUCGACAUGUUCGGCAAAGACCUGGACCUGGUGCGCCAGCAGUUCCUGUGCCACCUGCAGCGCCACACUGCAACACUGAAGGGUCACGUGAUGUGCCAGAUGUUCCUGGACCCGCCCCUCUGGAAGCCCAUGGCCGACUUUUGCCACGACACUCUGAGCGUGGAGCUGGUGAAGGAAUACACGGAGCAAUGCGUGGUGGAGUCCGAUGUCAUGUAGUCACCAGCAAGGAGGCAAAGGACACAGCUCGAUUAGAAGACGAGCCAAAGCGACUAACCAUACUACAUUUGUGAGAUUAGAAUACUGUCAAUCAUUCUAUACUCAGAGUUUGAAGCAUGAGCUGUUAUUAUUUUUGAAAAACUGACAGGAGUUCCGAAAUACUUUCUAAAACAAGAUUUUUGAUAGAAUUGGUUGAUAAUUCCUACGCUGAGUCCAUUCCUAAUACAUUGAGCUCAUAUUCAGAUUCAAAGUCAUGGACCACAGGGCUUCUCAAAUCGUACUGUACAACGAAGUGAAGGUUAGGGAGUAGUGAUGUAACCUAAAAAGCUCUUUUUUGAAGAGACAAAUAACCCUUUGGGCAUUUCAAACCUUGCUGCUGUUUGCCGUAAAUACGAGACAGCUGAGUUUGCUUAGAACAUCUGCACAACUCUGAAAGCACUUUAAAUUGACAAAUACCUGCUGUGGUUAAGUUGGAAUGGGAGAAGACAAAAUAUAUCAAGAACAAGCUCAUCAUCCUUCAGGCGAAAUCAUCGGUCAUCUGUCUUUGUUAGUCUAUUUCGUCUCAUUUUAAAACAGUAUCCGAAAUAUACUGUACUAUUUUUGCAGAAAAAAACUUUCUGAGCUGUGGGUGGUUUUUGUUUGUUUUGAGAUGGAUAACAUAAUGUCUAACUAUUGUACAUGCUAAUGCUUGAACAGGCUCAACAGUAUGAAAAUAGCUACAAAUAUGCUGCAAUUCAACGAUUACUAAUAGUGUUACUGGAACGUUUACAUACUCGUGAAGUUGUUUUAAAAUCUGCGUACCUCAAAUAUGUUGUUCCAGAAAGCACUUUAUUAAAGAGUGAGGAUAACUCAAUACAAUAUGUCUUCAAUAUAACAUUAUAGUUUUAGUAGCUAAUCAUUGCAACAUGAUAGAAUUGCAUAUUUAUAUUAAAAUCAAAUACUGCAUAUGCGGUCGUACAAUGGCCGACAGGGGCAAACGAACAGCAACGUCAAAACGUUUCAAAUCCACAAAUGAUCCAAAACCAAAAACUCACAGAAAAAAAAACUGGGAAAAUGCUGCAAUCACAUAAACGCUGCAGGAUCAAAAAACAAAUGCUAAAUAAAAAAAGAUGCAAUUGCGUAAAACUGUCAUUCUCAAAAAAGUUUCACCAAGUACCACCUUAGCAAAAAUCUGGCUCAUCAUGUACCACUAUAAUGACCAACAUUAAAAUACAGUAGCAUAGUAAGCCUGAGUAUUAAUUAAGAGUAUAGGUUUUAUUUAACAAGUACAUUUAAUAUUUUGGCCACUGUAACAUUACACACAGGUGGAACACUCUAUAUGAAUAUAGGGGGGAAAAUCUGUGUGCUUUAAUCAAAUAAUUAUUUGACGUACCGCUGGAUAGAGCCCACGUACUACUAGUGGUACACGUACCACAGUUUGAGAAUAUCUGUUCUAAAAAACACACAACCCCCCAAAACAUCUGCUUGAGAGAACUGUUGCAAUUUCAUGUAACCAAACAGACGUUAGCCAGACUACCAGCAACUCCAGACCUGAGAGAUAUCUCAAAAUGUAUAUUUUACAGUAUUAUAGAGCAAUCUAUUUUUACAACUAAGUAUUUACCAGUGAGAUUAUAGGAACAUUUUACAUUAAUCUGAGAGAGGGAUAUCCCUCAAGUCUGCCGUACAAGGCAGCCUCUUAAUUACAUGUAGAUCACGCGCUGUGCACCCCCCACAAAUUGUGGGGUCCCUGUUUUGCGUUAAUUUGCGCAUGUAAAAUGUCAAUUAAUUAAUUACAGGGCGCUCCAUAUGAAAUUCUACUUCAAACAUGUUCCGAGCCUCUUUCCGCUCUGUCAUUGAUAAAGAAAUAAUGGCAAAUUUCCACAGAUAUUCUCAUUUGUUAUUUUGCACAAAAUGUUUUAUUACUGAGACAAUUUAUUUUCCAUGAAUUUGUUGUAGUACACAACAUGCAUCAAAUUAGUUUGAUUAAAAAAGAUAAAAAUCUUUUCACAUUAAAAAAAAGUUUGUUUUUUUUGUAAUAAGAGGGUGGCCUCAAAAUAAAUUCUGCUUCGGGUCCCAAUUUAGCCAGGGGCCGCCCUGCUGCCAUGCCUGGUAGCCUGGCUAACUUCCUGGUAGUCUGGCAAGCUUUCUUUUGUUUGGUAAAGUUGCACCAUUGUUGCAUUUGUUUUUGAUCCUGAAGUUUUAAUGCAAUUGCAGCAAUUUUAAUGAGCAUGUGUUUAAUGUUGUUGGUUUGUUUUUUGGUUUUGGAUCACUUCUGUGUUUGAAUGGUUCGGUCACCAUGAGUUUCACCGUCAAAUACAAUAGGAUAACAGCAGUUUGCUUCAGAACUGAUAUGAAUGAUAAUUUUUGUUGUCCAAUGCUAUUUUUUUGUAUAUACACUCCAUUGUGCUAUAUACUGAUUUUAAUUAUGACAACCAAUAUUGUCAAGUCAAAGCCCAGGGAGCCUAAUAAUAGUUUGUUUUUAACCAAAGAAAGUUGCAAAUUAUCUCAAGCAUUGCCCUAAUGUUUGCUGCCAUUUGUCCAUCCAUUCAAACAAUACACAACAACACAACAACACACCCUGAAUACAGUCCUGAAUAUAUAGCAGCUGACUUCUUGGAUUUAACUGCUGGAUUUUAUUUUUUAUCUCACAACCAAACACAGCAUCUGUUUGAAGAUGAACCCCUCAACUUCUUAUAUUUUUUCUGGGGUCUUAAUUCUAUAUGUAACAAAUGUAAAUAGUGUAUGUUGUGCUGGAAAGCCGCAGCCUCAUGUUAUUAUUUUGGUUCUGGUAGGAAACCUUCAGAGCAUGUGGCAUCUUUUUUUUUAAAGAAUAAAACAUUCUAUUUUUACUGUAAAUUUUACAUUGAUCUCCUGUCACUUGUAGAACCAUGUCAACAACGUGUUUGUCAGAUCACUAUUAUUCAAGGAACUUUAUUGUCAGAACAUUUUCAUUGGAAUAAGAUUUGUAUCGAUGUAUUUGUGCAAAACUUGAGAGAGCAGGUGAAGAACACUUAACUUUUAUGCAUGCUUGGGAAGUGCCAUAAGCCACUACUGCUAAUCCAUUAAUGUGUCAAGAAAAAAACAAUACAACAAAAAACAGCAAAUCAUCUUCAGGUUUAAAUUCAAAUUUCAUUGAAUGUGACACUGACACUGAAAUACGGCGCUUUGCAGUUUGGACUGUGUUUUUUAACAAAUGCCUGUACAAGCCAUUGACUUCAUGCAGUAGGUGAAUGAGCAUGCACUUUAGUAGUCAGUGGCAAUAAUUGCCAAGUAGCAUCCUUACCUUCGCCCUGUUGAGAUGUUUUACAAUCAAUCAAGGCAGUGUGUCAUCCUAAAAAAACAAGAACAGGAUACAAUGUAAAGGCUGUCAGACAGAGAGAGACGCUAAUACAUUUAGAAAACUAGUUUUUAAGGCUUUUAGUGAGCUUCUAUUUUUGUGAAACCCCUUUGCUGCUCACAUUGUCCUUUUUUUUUAACAUGAUUAUUAGCAGACUGGCUUGUGUUACAUGCAAAUUAUAAUCACUACUAGACUAGUGGAGCGAGAAAUAUGUAUUUUUUUUCUGUGUACAUUCAAACCUUCUGUGUGCUUGUAAUGUAGUGAUUGAUUCAUCUUGGCAUUGACUGCUAAUGCAUUGGACCUCCAACAAAGGGAGGCGGGGGAGACAUGAACAAAGCUUCCUUAUUUAAUGUCUUAGUAAAGACGACUAACGUG